GCUGCACAAGCCUUGAUUUAUGCUGGGAUGGCAGGGUCCAACUUGGAAAAUAUUCAAGAAAAAAUAAAUGAGUACUUGGAGAGAGUUCAAGCUCUCCAUUCAGCAGUUCAGUCACAGAACACAGACCCUCUGAAGUCAAAACAACAGUUGGACUUGGAGCGUGCUCACUUCCUAGUUACACAGGCUUUUGAUGAAGAUGAUAAAGGCAAUGCAGAAGAAGCUAUAGAGUUGUACACAGAAGCGGUGGAACUCUGUUUGAAAACAGCUACUGAAACUUCAGAAGCAGGCCUCCAGUCAAAACUGAAACAGCUGGCUCGACAAGCACUGGAUAGAGCAGAGGCACUGAAGGAAUCUGUGUCAAAGUCAUCUCAGAAGGAGAAGUCAACUUCAGCUAAACCAAAUCAGCCUGUCAGAACAUUCUUUCCAUUGGGACCUGAUUUUUCUUUAAACGAUAAACCACAGACAAUCAGAGCGGUACAAGCUAGUGAAUCUCAAGGUCAGAGAUACACUGCAGAGGAGAUUGAAGUACUCAGGCAAACUUCAAAAAUUAAUGGCAUUGAAUAUGUACCUUUCAUGAGUGUUGAUCUGAGGGAACGUUUUGCCUUCCCUAUGCCCUUUUCUGAUAAAUGUGGGAAGUUACCAUUAUCCCCCAAACAGAAAGCAAUGUUUGCCAAGUGGGUGCGACCAGAUGACAUAACAAAUAACCCUACGAUGAUUUAUACUGUAUCAAGUUUCAGCAUAAAGCAGACAAUAGUGUCAGAUUGUUCUUUUGUGGCAUCGCUAGCCAUCAGUGCAGCAUAUGAAAGAAGAUAUAACAAAAAGUUGAUCACGAGUAUCAUUUACCCUCAGAAUAAGAAAGGAGAACCAGAAUAUAAUCCAUGUGGCAAACACAUGGUGAAGCUUCAUAUCAAUGGUGUACCUAGAAAGGUAAUCAUAGAUGACCAGUUACCUGUUGAUCAUAGUGGGGAACUUCUCUGCUCUUAUUCUAACAAUAAGAAUGAAUUAUGGGUAUCACUGAUAGAAAAGGCUUACAUGAAGGUCAUGGGAGGAUAUGAUUUUCCUGGAUCAAAUUCUAAUAUUGAUCUCCAUGCACUGACUGGUUGGAUACCUGAAAGAAUUGCUAUGCACUCUGACAAUCAAGCUUUUAAUAAAGAUAGUACUUUCAGAAUGCUUUAUCAGAGAUUUCACAAGGGAGAUGUCCUUAUCACAACAGCAACAGGGGUGAUGUCUGAAGAGGAAGGAGAAAAAUGGGGUUUAGUUCCAACACAUGCGUAUGCAGUCUUGGAUAUAAGAGAAUAUAAGGGACUUCGAUUUCUUCAGUUAAAAAAUCCCUGGAGCCACUUACGUUGGAAGGGACGAUACAGUGAAAAUGACACAAGAAAUUGGACCCCAGAUUUACAAAAAUACUUGAACUUUGAUCCCAGAACAGCUCAGAAAAUAGACAAUGGCAUUUUCUGGAUUUCCUGGGAAGACCUCUGCCAGUACUAUGAUGUUAUUUAUUUGAGUUGGAACCCAAGUCUCUUUAAAGAAUCUACAUGUAUUCACAGUACUUGGGACGCGAAGCAAGGUCCGGUGAAGGAUGCCUACAGCCUGGCUAACAACCCUCAGUACAAGCUGGAGGUCCAGUGUCCACAGGGUGGUGCUGCUGUCUGGGUUCUGCUUAGCAGGCACAUCACAGAUAAGGAUGACUUUGCACACAAUCGGGAAUUCAUUACAAUGGUUGUAUACAAGACUGAUGGCAAAAAAGUUUACUAUCCAGCUGAUCCUCCACCGUAUAUCGAUGGUAUUCGGAUCAACAGUCCUCACUAUCUGACCAAGAUAAAGCUGACCUCUCCAGGGCCCCAUACGUUUACCUUAGUGGUGUCCCAGUAUGAGAAACAAAACACUAUUCAUUACACCAUCAGGGUGUAUUCCUUGUGCAAGUUCACCUUUUCCAAGAUUCCUACACCUUAUACCAUUUCCAAACGGGUUAAUGGACAGUGGAAAGGUCACAGUGCUGGAGGAUGUGGAAAUUUCAGAGACACCUACAAAAAUAACCCCAUUUAUCAAUUCCAGCUGGACAAGAAUGGGCCGUUGCUAAUCGAACUACGAGGACCAAGGCAAUACAGCGUUGGUUUUGAACUUGUCACAGUCUCAACAGUAGGAGAUCCUGGUUCCCACAGCUUUCAGAAAAAGAGCAGCGGUGACUACAGGUGUGGAUUUUGCUACUUGGAAGUGGAGAACAUAUUUGCUGGAGUUUACAACAUUAUCCCCACCACAUUCCUGCCUCAACAAGAGGGGCCUUUUUUCUUAGAUUUUAAUAGUACUACCCCUCUUAAGGUAUCACAGCUGCAGUGA